AAGCGGGAUGCAACUCAACCUGACGCUGAUCUGCUUCGUCUUCGGGGGGUUCCUGCCCGACGCCGCGGCCCGGCGGGAGCAGAUGGACACGGGGCAGUGCGACCUGCCCCGCUCGCAAGGAGAGCUCAACUCCUUCCUCUGGACCAUCCGACGUGACCCCCCUGCCUAUCUUUUCGGCACCAUCCACGUGCCCUACACGCGGGUGUGGGACUUCAUCCCCGACAACUCCAAGGCUGCCUUCCACGCCAGCUCCAGCGUCUACUUCGAGCUGGACCUCACCGACCCCUACACCAUCUCGGGACUGGCCAGCUGCCAGAUGCUGCCCCACGGGGAGAACCUGCAGGACGUGCUGCCCCGGGAGCUCUACCGCCGCCUCAAACGCCACCUGGACUACAUCAAGCUGAUGCUGCCCCACUGGAUGACCCCGGACCAGCGGGGCAAAGGGCUCUACGCCGACUACCUCUUCAACGCCAUCGCCGGCAACUGGGAGCGCAAGAGGCCUGUCUGGGUGAUGCUCAUGGUGAACUCCUUGACGGAGACGGACAUCCGCUCCAGAGGGGUGCCGGUGCUCGAUCUCUACCUUGCCCAGGAGGCCGAGAGGAUGAAGAAGACAACGGGUGCGGUGGAGAGGGUGGAGGAGCAGUGUCACCCGCUGAACGGGCUCAACUUCUCCCAGGUGCUGUUUGCUCUAAACCAAACUCUGCUCCAACACGAAAGCCUCCGAGCUGGUAGUUUGCAGGCCCCAUAUACCACUGAAGAUCUCAUCAAGCAUUAUAACUGUGGAGACCUGAAUGCUGUCAUAUUCAACCAUGACACUUCUCAGGUCCCUAACUUCAUCAACACGACCCUCCCACCUCAUGAGCAGGUGACGGCUCAGGAGAUAGACAGCUACUUCAGACAGGAGCUCAUCUACAAGAGGAAUGAGAGAAUGGGGAAGAGAGUGAUGACACUUCUAAGGGAGAACAGAGACAAGAGCUUCUUCUUUGCCUUUGGAGCAGGUCACUUCCUGGGUAACAACACUGUGAUUGAUGUACUGAGACAAGCAGGAUUUGAAGUGGAGCACACCCCUUCUGGACAACCAAUUGGAAAUUCAAGGAUGACAAAGACAAGACCAGCCUUGGAAGGGUCCUCAGCAACAGCCCUGCCUGCUAUCCAGCUUUCUGAGCAGGUCCCACUGAUGUCUCCUUCCCUGAAGCCCCUGCAGGUGGAUGAAGAAGACAGCCUGUCUCCUCACCUCCUGUUGCCAGAUAGUAUCAGCCAGCUGGAAGAGUUUGGCAGGCAGAAGAAAUGGCACAAGAAGCAGCACAAACAGCAUCGCCAGAGGCAGUUCAAUGACCUCUGGGUUCGGAUAGAAGACAGCACCACCACGUUGCCUUCCUAUAUCAGGAUAACCAAUGGCUACAUCACAGUCAAACCUCCCAUUUGGAUUUCCAACCGGCGGGAUCAGAGGCCACGUUCAGAGCAUCCAGCCCAGCCUCAGCCUGCAAGCUCAGCUUCAAACAGCAUUUUGUGGCCAUCAGUAACUUCCCUCUGCGUGGCCAUAGCUUCAUUUCUCCUGAAUCUACUGCAGCCUUCUUGACCACAUUAGUAUUAUGUGCAAUCCCUUGGAACAGAGAAGAGAGAUAAUUUAUGAAAGAAUUGGAGGUUAAGACAAACAAUUACAAACUGGACCUUCUCAGUGAAUCAGUAGUGCCUUCUAGCUGAUUUGGUCUCUUUGCCCAGAUACAUUUUGAAACUCUAAAGCUUUAUUGUUAACACUGACUUACAUCUUCUUUUUGUAGAAGGAUCUUUAUUUCCCAUAGUGCUAUGGGGUUUUGUAAAAUAUACAUGUUCAUAUAAAGAAAAAAAAAAAAAGGAAAAAGAAAAAUGUAUUUAUUCAACUGGUAAACUUAUUUUUUCUUGUUGUAUAUGUUAAUAACAUCCCUAUUAAUCAGUAGCGAUGGUGAAACAGAUAAAUUAAUAUUUUCUAUAUUUGUUUUCUAACUGACAACUCUGCAAAUGUCUGAACUGACACCAAAUGAAUAGCUUCUUUUUUUUUUACCCUUACUUUUUACCAAAACUGUCCAAUAAGUACAUAUCUGCUAAACUUCUUUAUUUUACUUUUUAAAAUCUCAUUAGCAUAGCUUACACUGAAUAAAGCAGAUCCUGCUGUCUGUGGCCCAUUCCCAUUAAACAAAUACAUGCAUUCUUAACUCAAGUUAGCUGCUACAACCUAAAAAACAACCUAAAAGGUAUUUUUAUUUGACUUAUCAAGUCAUUAGUCAAGAUAACCCUAAGUGUCCCUGUUGUCUUUAACUCAACUCUUUAAAAAUACCAGUUUCCCUCUUUGCUCUGGGAUUAAUUCAUUAGCUAAUGCAAAUUAAGACACCUUUUUCUUAAUAAAAAAAAUAAUUGCAUUUAAAGUCUAGAUUAAUCCCACUGAAAUUAUUUUCUUCUCUUCCUUGUCUUAGCUCAACACAAGCCUACGACCUUUCCCAGUGUACAUGAAAACAGAACUUGGUCUGUCUGUAGGGUAUACAGUUGUGCUGUCCUGCUAAUCUAUAGAGUUUUUUUGCAACUGUUGUGUUCAUGCAGAUGGACAACCUGGAGAGCAAAAAAAAUCAUCUACAAAUUCCUCCUCAUCUUGCUAUUAUGAUACUUAGAGCUGCUAUCUCCUUGCUGACUUAUGACUUGGUCAAAACCUGUUCAAGGCCACAGGAACCAAAUUAACCCCCAUGUGAUGGAGACGUACAGAACAUCUUUCUGUUCACUUAGAUGGAGGAUGUUCACAUACCUCUGCUGACUUAGAUAGAAAAGUCAUGACUCCUUAUACUCACUGAAAAAUUUGCUCCCUCUCCAAGCAGCUACUUCUCAUUAAAGUGAUAGACAACAUCUGUGAGGAAAAAAAAACAACUGCUACAUUUAUUAAAGCAUUUGGGUGAUGCAAAAUGCCUUUGGAUACAAUAGUUUCAACCAGAAAAAUAAUUCUGGUUGACCUAGUGUUUUUCUAAGUCAUCUACAAACAGAAAAAAGUCAAAAAUAUGCGAUGACAAAAAUCUUAGAAGACUCAAAGCUCAGAAAAAUACAAUGUAAACUUUUCUUUAAUAAAAAGCAGUGCUUUUUCACCUU